AACUCCGUCACAUCCCACUGCCACUCCCACAAAUGCUCGCGGCUAUGAACUUUGUUGUUAAACUGGUAUGACUCGUACCUGAUGAGUUAAGAUGUCGCUGUGAAUGUGUGAACAGUGUCUUUCCACGGAGCACAAAGGAGUGUCAAGGCACAAUGCUGCGGUUUCUAGCGAUAUGUUUCAGCUUGAUAUCUCUGCUGCAUCUUGUUUGGGGGAGAGCGAUCUACAAUAGAAAUGACGUGUUCCUAGAUGAGAAGUCAGCAGGUUUGUUUCUCUCCCGUAAACUGUUGUAUAACAGUUGGGAUUUUGAGUUAGUGGUGCCUGGUAAUCUAGAGAGAGAAUGCAUGGAGGAAAUCUGUUCAUAUGAAGAGGCCAGAGAGGUGUUUGAAGAUGAUAUACAGACGGCCAAGUUUUGGAAAGACUAUGCCAACAGUCAUGAGUCUUCACCUAAAGUGGAUGUGUCUGGUUUGGUAGCUGGCAUUGUGGCUAUUGUAACAACAGCAAUUAUAGCCACUGUGUUGGGCAUUUAUUGCUACAAGAACAGAGGCAAAAAUUCAAGAGGGGGCAGUGUUCCUGUGAGUAUGGGUGUGGAUGGGCAGCCAAUACCUGAGUAUGUUCCCUUAGCUAACAGGGCUCCAGGUCUCCCCUCGUACCAUGAGGCUCUGGCUCACAGCGGCCAGCAUGAUGCACCUCCACCGCCAUACUCUGGGGGAAGUCCAUCCGGGCCACCACAAACUCAAGAAGAGGAAUAACAAAGACAUAAUAUUGUUCUUAAAUGGAGGGGGGGGGGGGGGGUGACACAUGGUUUUACUUGUGAAAUAGUGCAGAUUCAGUCACUAGAUAAUUUAUUAUACUUAUACUACAUGUUCGGCAGUUAACCCUAUUCUAUCCUUUAGAUUUUUUUCUACUGUCAUCAUUGAACACAGUUUCAGUGUGAAUGCUGUCAAUAUUUUCAUGAAUCAGAUUUUUGUUUUUUUGUUUUUUUUUUAAGAGUUUUAUCAAAUGAAAUUUAAUUGUAAUUUUUAAUAAAAAGAAAUCAAAUGCA